AUGUUCAACAACGCAUGUACCUACAACGAGCCAGAGUCUCUGAUCUACCGCGACGCUCUGCUUCUCCACCGCGUGCUCCUGGAGACCCGCAGGCUGCAGGAGGGAGUGGAGGAGGGCGGCUCGCCCCCCGCUGUAGGGCCCCUAGUCAGGGAGCUUAUCAGGAACCUGUUUAUGUCUGUGCUUGGGCACCAAGACGAGGAGGGGAGGUGUUACAGCGACUCACUGGCUGAGAUCCCUGCCCAGGUAAGAGAUAGGAGAUCGUCCAUAUCCUACCUGGGGCCGUAUUCAUAGUUUCUCAGGGUGGGAGUGCUUAUCUAGGAUCAGGUCCCCCCUGUCCAUGUAAUUGAACAGGCAAAACUAAAUCGGCACUCAGAUGGCCUCACGUCAGACUCUUUUUAAGACUGAAACAAAGACGUGUAGCAUUUAGAAAUUCUUAUUUAUUCAACCUUGUUCGACAUGUUUAUUAUAAUGGCAGUCAUUCAGAGUUUUUAAUAAAAAGUGUUUUUAGGAACCUUUUAAUGAUGUUGAACGACCACUAAACUAAGUCGACUAACCUCAACAGGACCCGGCCAGCCCAGAGAAGCCUCUGCUCAACUUCGACGUGAUCCGGGCCAACGUGGAGCGAGGACGCUACCGCAGGCUGGACGUGUUCCAGGAGCACAUGUUUGAGGUGCUGGAGAAGGCCAGGCGCCUGCACAGGUACGUAGUCUACACAUCAUUAGAAAGGCUUUUGUCGCUUUGAAUUGCUCUCCAACCUUUCUGAUUCUUUGUUUUGUGUUUGAGUUUAUGAAUCUGAUUCUGGAUUGCAGUAUUGAUAGAAAGCUGAAACAUGGACAACUUAAACCAGGAACCAAGUUAAAUCUAACUGAGCUCCCCCGUGAACCCUCAACCUUUGACCCUGCAUGCCUUGCCCUGUCCCUUCACAGGACAGAUUCUGAGAUCUUUGAGGAUGCGGUGGAGCUGCAGCAGUUCUUUAUAAAGAUCAGAGAUGAGCUGUGUAAGAACGGAGAGAUCCUCCUCUCCCCGGCUCUCAGUUACACCUCCAAACACAUGCACAGUGACGUGGAGCAGGAGAAGAGAGAGAAAGUACCCAAGGAGAUGGAGGAGGACAAACUGAAGAGGGAGGAGGAGAACAAAGGUUUGUGUGAGAUGGCGUUGUGGCCGGGUGUGUAUUUCUUUCUGAGCUGGUGUGUGUCAGUGCAGGUGAUUGAUGUGACUUUGACUCUGAAGCGUUUAUAAUGUGAGGUUGAUAGAUAUAUUAUAAUAUUCUAUGUGGCUUCCAGAGGAGGGAGAGAAGGCUGAGGACCCAGCUGGGGGAGGCACAGGGCCAGAGAGGACGUACAGUCAGGACUGCAGCUUCGAGAACAGCACCUACCACGUGGGAGACUUUGUCUACGUGCAGCCAGCCGAGGCCAACCGCAAGCCUCACAUCGUCUGUAUCGAGCGCCUGUGGGAGGACGAAGCAGGUAACCAACUCAACACACACUUCAAGACAUACAAACUUUGAGGCACACACACACACACACACUACUACUGCUUUCCUGUUAGUAAUGUGUUGUUCUGUUUUUCCAUGUGUGUAGGUGAGAAGUGGCUGUAUGGCUGUUGGUUCUACAGGCCCAGUGAGACCUUCCAUCUGGCCACACGCAAGUUCCUCCAGCAAGAGGUCUUCAAGAGUGACUAUUUCAAUAAAGUACCAGUCAGCAAGAUACUGGGCAAAUGCAUGGUCAUGUUUGUCAAGGUAAGGCCAUCUAUCAAUCUGAACGGUUCUGAUAAUACACACACCUGCACCAUAGAUGUAUGUAAUUCAAUUGAAAUGUUAUGCUCAUCUAUUGGAUUAGAUAAAAUCGUUAUUUGAGCCGAAUUGUAAUGUAAUUUGUAAUUAAAGAUACACUGACUGCUAGGGCUGGGAAUUGCCAGGGACCUCACGAUACGCCAUUAUCACGAUACUUUGGUGCCGAUACGAUAUGUAUUGCGAUUUGAUACUGUGAUUUUAUUGUGAUUCGAUGUUCCAAACAUAUUGCUCGCCACCCCCCUGUAUAUAUAGCCUCCCUACUGUUAUUUUAUUUUACUUCUGCUCUUUUUUUCUCAACACUUUUUGUUGUUGUUUUAUUUUUAUAAAUAAAUGCACUGUUGGUUAAGGGCUGUAAGUAAGCAUUUCACUGUAAUGUCUGCACCUGUUGUAUUCGGCGCAUUUGGCCAAUAAAAUUUGAUUUGAUUUGAUUAGAGGGACAAGGGAGAGCAAAUGGAAACACGUUUUGAUCAGUCAUUGAAAUAAGUGCUGAAAACUCCCUAUUUUGAUGUUUUUAUGCAGGUACAGCCAACUAGCGCAAUAUUUUCAAAAAGAUACGAUAUAUCAUCAAAUAUGAUAUCCCGAUAUGUAUCUGUACCCCCCCGCCCAUCAUUACUGACUGCCCCUGUAGAGUUUCUGUUGAAGUUAGUCUGCAAACCUCUUCAACCAGCAUUUGAAGCAACAUCCCUCUCAUAUGUAGUAGUUAUAUUGUUUGUGUUUUGAGAUAUACUACAUUUCAGUCGGACUGCUCAGAGUCACUGAUCUACAAAUCACCUUGUAUUCCAAAUAACUUCUCAUUAUGUGAUGAAGAUUAGCCAUUCUGCCAUUGCCUUGCUUUAAAUGUAUCCCCUCCAACACAGUGAUUAUCUGUGUGCUUCCUCUCUACAGGAUUACUUCAAGCUGCAGCCUGAGGGAGUCAGACCAGAGGACGUGUAUGUCUGUGAGUCCCGUUACUCUGCCAGGAACAAGGCCUUCAAAAAGAUCAAGAUGUGGGCCGUGCCAGCCGCCGUGAGGUUUGUCCCUCGGGACGUGCCGUUGCCCGUUGUCCGGGUGGCCUCCAUGUACGCCAAACGUGAUCAGGAGAAACUGCUGGCCGUGGCUGAUAACGGCAGCCGCAGCAUCGUCGACAAGGUGAGAAGUCUGAGCAUUAUUUUACAGAGUGAAAUGCAGUUGUCCUGCUUAUUGGACAUGUCCAUCACAAAUAAGAACACCACAAUUACUGUACUUGUAAGGUAACUCUUCAGUGGGCACUUACCUCCAAUUUCAUAAUAAAUAGCACUAAACAUUGGAAUGUAAUAAAUACUCAUUCCAUAUUACGGAGCUGAGCUAAACUGAGCCACACUGUACUGGUUAAGCUUCCACCAUAGUUGCUGUGCUGGAAAUGACAAUGUGAAAGGAAAUUUGAGUCAGCACAGUACACUUAGUGUAAAAGGUGUAAAAAAGGUGUUGUUAGAUGGGUAAAGCUGAAUAUUUUUGUUGGGGUGCCAACACUGUACCAGUGUUACUGAGUGUGUGCUCUCCUACUAUGUGACUGUGUGUAGGAGCGUGAGGAUGUGCCAGUGGAGAUGACUGGAGGGGAGCAAGGCUGUCAGUACUAUGACCAGCUCCACUACAACAACAUGUGGCUGAAGGUGGGAGACUGUGUCUACGUCCAGUCACAUGAGCUCGUUAAACCACGCAUCGGCAGGUAUGUCAAUCAAACCUUCUAGUAUUUAUCUUCAUAACUCUUUGUAAUGUAUUGAUUAUGUGAUAGACUCUUUAGUCGAAUCCUUGCAUCCUCUCCUCUCGCCUCCUUCUCAAAAUGUAUUGAAGAACAAGGUCCGAGGGGAGGGGAUGUGAGAAAUCCCAGAAAUAUGAAUUGAAAGAGCCAGCUUUCUGUUUUCAAUAUGGAAAUGUGGUUUAGGUCUGUGAAUGUGGCCAUUAGGAAGCUAACAGUCCUGUUUUCAUUGGGCUGUAACAGGAUAGAGAAGCUGUGGGUGCGUGACGGAGCAGCGUUCUUCUUCGGGCCCAUCUUCAUCCACCCAGAGGAGACGGCACACGAGCCCACCAGGAUGUUCUACAAGAGAGAGGUGUUCCUCAGCAACCUGGAGGAGACAUGUCCCAUGACCUGCGUCAUCGGUACCGUACCACUUUUACUAGGCUUCAGCACUCCACUCAACAUGCAAAUACUCAAUCUACACACAAAAUGCAUACAUUAUUGCUGUUUACAUGAUCAACAAUUUGCCCGACUAGUCUCUGAAAACCGUUUCAGACAUAAAGCACCCCCUGGAAUGGUCCUGUAAUUAACCAUCACUCCCUCCUGCAGGUAAAUGUGUGGUGUCGUCCUUUAAGGACUACCUGUCGUGUCGGCCCACUGAGGUGUCUGAGGAGGACGUGUUGUUGUGUGAGAGUCGCUACAUUGAGAGUGAGAAGCAGAUGAAGAAGUUUAAAGGCCUGAAGCGCUUCUCCCUCCACGCUAAGGUGGUGGAUGAUGAGGUCUACUACUUCAGGUGGGAGCCACUCACAUACUGAACAUUUAAAGGGGCAAUCGGCAGUUGCUACAUCCAUUUUGGACAUACAUUAAUGAUAUGUACCCAUUGAUUCUUGAAGAAUAUAAUUUAUACAUGCCUCAUGAGCUUAGUUCAACUGUCGUACAGCAUCAGAACCCAAAAUAUAAGCUUUUUUUACUCCAAUGUUUGUAAACGAAGUAAAUGUAAACAAACACUGUAUAGCCUCAUAACAUGGUUAGAACUAUCAUUUUAAUAACAUUGAUGGUCAGUCCUUGCAUGCAUAGCUCUGUCUAUAAAUUUGAGUGAUUACAUUUCUCCAGCCGCAUCUCUGAUUUAUUUUAUAGAACCGGUGGUCGGUAGAACGCUUUGUUAUAGUUUCAACUGCUGAUUGUGCCUUUAACAUAGAACAGGUAAAAUCCCUAUUCCAUUUCUCCCCAUUCCCCCUUAAGUGUGCACUGAACUAAUUCACUCCCCCUUAUGGAUUGGACCGGUGUACACACAGGCUAAGAAAGCUGCUCUGCUCACUUCAGGGAGAAUAAGGGAAGAGAAUCGAACUGCAGCCAAAGAUUUUAUUAGAUAGCAUAUAUGAUUUUCUUGUCUAGCUGGUAUCAACCCUCUUCUCUGAUUGGUCCAUAUCCAGGAAGUUGAUAGUGCCCCAGAAGGAGCCGUCUCCUCUGCUGGAUAAGAAGAUUGAAGAGUUGGAGCUGAAGCUGGCAGACAUUGAUGAGGGGGAUGAGGAUCUGGAUGACCUGGAGGAUGAGGACGAGGCUCCAGAGACUCCCUCCAUGCCCAUAAUGCAGACCCCUCUGGCAAGCGAUUUGGACAUCAUGCCUUACACCCCUCCUCAGGUCUUACACCCAUGCACCCAUACCCUUUGCCCAAAUGUUGUACCUUCCACCCACGCACCCCCUUUGCCCAAAUGUUGUACCCUUCCACACACCCCACCUCAACAGAUUUACCCCUCCACCUCCAUGCACCCACCUUUGUCCCAACAAGUCAAUAUCUUACCUCCAAUCAAUCAAACACACACCCAAUCCCACAUAACCCUCCAUUCAGCCACUCAUGCAUCACACACAGCCCUACCCAGAUUUUACACCCAUUACCAUCAUUCCCCCAAGAUCUUAAAGCUCUUCACACACCCCUACAAAACCAAAGUGUACAUCACUACCAGACGUCACUACCCAGGGCCUCUCAAUUUUUAUGGACUUGAGCUUGAAUUCAUUAACAUACUGAAGGUGUUACUGUUGAUUGACCCGUCUACCCCCUGUUUCUCUUCAGUCCACGCCCAAGGCGAAGGGUGUGUCUAAGAAGGACGGAGCCAAGAGGAAGAUGAACAUGAGCGGCUACAUCCUGUUCAGCAGUGAGAUGCGUUCGGUCAUCAAGACCCGCCACCCUGACUUCUCCUUCGGGGAGCUCAGCCGUCUGGUGGGAACCGAGUGGAGGAACCUGGAGGCUCCCAAGAAAGUAGAGUAUGAAGGUAGGAAGGCCAGGGGGAAGCAUGCUAGUACUGAGGCGUAUAUACAGAGCCUUUUAGUUACACUAGUAGAUUCAUGCACUGGUUGAGAUCUGCAAUCAGAAUCGGAUUGUACCAGUCCGGUGACAAUGUCAUUAUUUAAAGGGACAUUAUUACACUCCAUAAUACAUUUUUUCAGGUCACGAAGUAGUCCAUAUCCCAUGCCAAACAUCUGACAAACUUUGAUUUUGGAGUGUAAUGACCCUUCAAUGUUAGCGUUAUGAGUGAAUCCAAGCAUGCAUGUUACUGUUUGUUCCAGAGCGGGCAGCCAAGGUGGUGGAGCAGCAGGAGAGGGAGAGGGCAGCCCAGCAGCAAGCGUCCCCUAGAGCAGGUACCCCAGUACGGGCCAUGAUGGGAAUGACGCCUGGUCCAGGUAACCCCUUACUCGCAGAGACAGGCAGUGAAUCCCAAAUCAACCACAAGCCCCUUAGCACACAGAUCUACAUACAGUACCAGUCAAAAGUCACCUACUCAUUCCAGGGGUUUUCUUUAUUUUUACUAUUUUCUACAUUGUAGAAUAAUAGUGAAGACAUCAAAACUAUGAAAUAACACAUGGAAUCAUGUAGUAACCAAAAAAGUGUUAAACAAAUCAAAAUAUAUUUGAGAUUCUUCAAAGUAGCCACCCUUUGCCUUGGUGACAGCUUUGCACACUCUUGGCAUUCUCUCAACCAGCUUCACCUGGAAUGCUUUUCCAACAGUCUUUAAGGAGUUCCCACAUAUGCUGAGCACUUGUUGGCUGCUUUUCCUUCACUCUGCGGUCCAACUCAUCCCAAACCAUCUCAAUUGGGUUGAUGUCGGGUGAUUGUGAAGGCCAGGUCAUCUGAUGCAGCACCAACCUUUUGACUGGUACUGUACGUGCCUAGAAAGUAGGGGCUGAUUUGGGAUUCAGGGAGACAGCACGCUCGCUUGGGACUUAGCAGCUACCGGGAAAUAAUGAAACUGGACUGCUAAAACGAUUCAACCUUUAUUUAUUUACCCUUUUCUCCUAUCUGAAAAUUGGCCAUUUAAAAAUUGUCCAGUGCCUUUCAACUGCAUCCUCAUUAUAGGCUGUGGUUGUUUUUGUUUAUGUUGCUGCUAAUUACAGUUUUAUAGUAUUCCAUCCGUUUUUAAUUUGUUUUGCAUCAAAUGCAUUGAAUCAGUUUGCAUGAUCCAAAUCAACUGCAUGACCAAGAAGAGUUUGUUUUAUUUAACCUUUUCUUUCAUUCCAUCAUCAUGUUGAUAUAUACAGUAACACCAUGCUUAAUUUGCUUACUAACUGGUUGAACUUUUUUUAAUCAUUAAUUAAUAUGUAGUGCAUGUCAGUUGCAUGUCACUUAUGCAUAGAUAUGUUGUUGUCCGUUCCCCUGGCCCUGCCUCCUCCUCCUAAGGCAUGAUGGGAGCUUACGGCACCCCCUACGGUAUGCCCAUGCAGGGCCCCUAUGAGGGCUUGCUGGGUAUGGGCCCAAUGCCACCUCACCAAAUGGGCUCGUUGCCCCCCCAACACUUCCAGCCAGGUAUGCCUGGGUACCACCCUGGCAUGCCCCACCCGGGUAAGGACCCCCAACCACCCACCGUCCACUCUAGGCCAAGGCCACACCUGUCCUGGUCAGUCAGUAGCUCGCAGUCAGUCGUGUCUGUCUCUCCUGCUGGAGGGGUUUACCUGGUCCACAGGCUGUGCUGUGGUGACCCACUGACCACUCAGGCUGCCAAACAUGGUCUAUAUGUCUAUCUGUUGGAAGAUGGAAAAGUGCACACCUGAGUUGGCGAGGUGCAGGCGGCAGAACAAAACACAUUGAAAGUAAAGAAGGUAGUGUAUAGAGGUAAAAUACAGUGGAACCCCUGUAGUGCUUGACUGCCUGGUGGACAGACAGUUUGAAAAGAAGAUGCUCUGCAUCGUAGCUAUAUAGUGUGCGACUACCUUUCGGUCAGUCCGUCAAGCACUACAGGGGUUCCACCGUCCUUUACGUCUCCUCUACACACUUACUCUGUUCUAUCUACUCGCAUAUCUAAUUUCUCUCAAACAUCGGAAUCCAUGUUCACCUCAAUUAACACAUGAACAAACAUGUAAUGCAUGUGGAGAUAUGACUACAACUAACCCUCUAUCUCACCAGUUUCUGUAAAGAUCACACAUUUAUUCUACAGCAUGCAUUCUAUGCACAUCCACCAUGUUAUAUAGCCUAUACUAUGAAUGUAUCGUGCAGCAACUAUUACCCUCGUGCAACAGUGCUUGCCGUCUUGUCACGAUUGUGUGUGGGAACUCGUUUUUGUGAUAGGUAUGAUGGGUCCUGGUAUGAAUGGCAUGCAAGGAAGUCCCGGAGGCCACCACUACAUGCAACAGGUAAAAGUCGAACUUAUGACUACCAAUGAGCUACUGCACUCUGAUACUGUUUUCUAUCAUCUGGAACAAUUUGCAUGUUAUGUAUAAUUCCCCUGUUUGGAAUUUCCAUCAGUUCCAUAUAUGUUAUUGAACCUAAAUGCAGUGGAAAAGUUAUUGUUUUCCUGUAUCUCCCUCAGCCUGGGAUGCAGGCCCCUCCACCCUACCCAGGCAUGGGCCAGCUAGGGCAGCCCUCCCACCUCCAGCCCAUGACCCCCAUGUUCGUGGCUCCACCGCCCAAGACCCAGAGGGUACUCCACUCUGAGGCCUACCUCAAGUACAUUGAAGGCCUGAACGCAGAGAACAACACUGUCAGCAAGUGGGACCAAUCUCUCAAAGGUAUAUUUCUACUCACUAAUUUGCUGUUCUUCUGUACUGCAUUUGCCUUCUCUUUCCAUGCACCUGUCCUGCAGCAUACUGAAUUAACUACAACAAUUUCCUUCUCACUGUACUCCCAUGUGUUUUGUGUUCUAACUUUCUCUUGAAAUUGUCGGACUGUUCUGUUUGUGGGUGUGUUAUGACUUGUGAGCGAGAUGGGUAAAGUGUUAUAUUUCCACAGCACGUAGGAGAGAUGUCCACCUGUCCAAAGAGCAGGAGAGCAGGCUCCCUUCCCAUUGGUUGAAGAGCAAGGGAGCCCACACGACAAUGGCAGACGCA